AUGGCGAACUAUGCUUUGCUGACUUUCGACAAUGAGGUGGCAAGAGAGGGCCAUCGCGAGGAGGAGACCACCGAAGGAGACAAACAUGAUGAUGAUGAUGAUGAUGAUGAUGAUGGGGAGGUGCAGGCUUGGCCGUGGGAGAGGCAGGGUGACGUGGGGUGGCUCCGCGUCAACAUUGCAACUAGAGAUGGUGGUGAUAGCUUGGGUAGAGGUGAGGCCAUCCUUCUUGGUGGGGGCAAUGAUGAUUGUUUGGCAGGUGAGGGUGGUGGAGUGCUCCGGCCCGGUGGUGGGAAUGGGGAUACCUUUAGAGGUGGUGGUGCAAAAGGAGACAACUUGGGAGGAGGUGGAGAUAAGAAGAAAGACAGAGGGGGGAGGAAGGCCAUCAUGUUUGAGAGUGGUAUGGCUCGAGGACAACAGUGGGAGAGAUGUGGAGAGAGAGAGAGAGAAAAAAGAGGAUCUGUGGGUAUUAUAGUAGAGAUUAGGGAGGAGGAGGAGCUCAUGCUAAGGCUUUGUAAGGGUUGGCUUCCAAACAAUUUGUCGGCUUAG